AUGGUAAAAGAUAUUACCUAUUCCGUAAACACUGAAUCUGCAAAUUAUCAAAAUGUUGUUCAAACCACUAAAAGUAAUGAAGUACCUGCGAAAUCCACAAUACAAACUGGACACCGUGAUAAUCCUCUGACGAAUAAAAAUAUCGUCUUGGAUAGUCAUGAAGUAGACGAUGAAAUUUUGAUACCAUUGCUUGGUUAUACCUCUCGUAAACCAGCUCAUCCUCAACCUCUGGAAAUAUAUUGUGAUAAUUUCUCCAAAAAUAAAAGUGUUUUGGAGAAAAAAGAAAAAACAAGUUCUAACAAAAGCCAUACCGUAGUUCUGGACCCAGUGGAAUCGUGUUCUUCCUUAAUUGAUGCCCCGUUGCGUCCACGUAGCGUCAGGUUAGCAUCCAAGUGGGCGGCCAGUCAAAUCAAGACAACUUUGGGCAAUACGCUGUGUGAAGAUGCUCUGUUGUCGGAGAAUACAGAUCAAAUGAAUCAGAUAACUAAUAAUAUGGCUACACGUUUGUAUAGUGCUUAUCAGCAACUGUCUAGCUUCCCAGUUCCAAAUCUUUUACGUCCCAUAUGCCAAUGGUUGGGUAUUUAUUGGUUAGGAAAAGGUGAUCAAUUACAAGCGGGAAGAUUUUUAUCUCAAGCUAUCGGUAUUGGACCCACAACCUUGUACUUGUCUAUCUUAAGUUCUCGAAUCAUCCAUUUGAAGUCAUCUGAUUCCCGAGGUCCUGUUUCCGAUCGCAAAAAAAAUUGCAACUGGUUCCCUAUUUUUAGUCAAGUAAUGGCUGCUUGUGCUCCUAAUCAUUCUCUGUUGGAGAAUGUAAUCCAGACUCCUACCUGUGGAAAAUGUCUUCCUUCUGAUAAUGGCAGUUUAUUCACGGUUCAGGUUAUUCAACUCUGUCUUGUUGAUGAACUCAGCUGCAAGUCUUCUAAAUUAUAUAAUGAAAGCGUCGAUAUUUGCCAUCACAAUGUUUCACCAUAUGGACUCGGUGCUCGUUCUGGAGGUUACCUAUUGGUAUCACGUUAUACAGGUGUUUCUGGUCAAGCUUUAAAAUCAUUUGGAGUGGAGACACGCGUUAUGCAUGGAUUCACGCAUUCCGGUUUUAAAUACAUGAACACAUUUGAUGAAAUUCAAAUGGAGAGUCUUGAUUCGAUGGCUAUUGAAGAUCGGGCUAAUUACUGGCGCACACGUUAUAACUUGAAUGAACGACUAGAAAAUCUACUCAUUGAAAUCCGCCGUGAAUGGUUUACUAAAGAUGAUCUGGAUUGGUUAUUUUGUCGAGGAAAAUAUUGUCCCAAUAAUGAACUCAAAGAUAAUGAUAACCUAUCUUCUAUAGUCAUUAUUCCGGAUCGACGAUUGGUUUACUUACCAUGGGAAUGGAUACUAUGGGAUCGUAAUCCAGAUUCGUAUAUGCCAACUAUGACUCGUAGUUUCAGCUUACCCUUAGUUAUUGGCCACUUGGCCACUCAGUUUAUGCCUUCUCGAAAUGUCGAAGCUAACAUUUCUCUGAAUUCUGAACGUGAUGUUUCUUGUUCUUUUAAUCCUGAGCAUACAUUUUAUGUUCUUAACCCAGAAUCCAACCUUCCCUCUACUCAGCAAACGUUCGAACCAUUAUUCCGCGACCUUUCUAGUUGGAGAGGUGUUACUGGAAGGAUUCCAACUAUAAAGGAGGUGAAUGAUGGUUUCACAAAUCAUGAUCUUUUAAUAUUUUUGGGUCACGGUAAUGGUUCACAAUUCCUACUUCAUACUUUCAACCAAGGUCUCAGCGCACGCUCAGUUGCCUUAGUUCUUGGCUGCAGUUCUGGUAAACCUCGUAGUGUUGGACGACAUGAGCCUUAUACUUCACUCUUCAAUCAUCUUAUUGCCGGAUGUCCUUUUGUUUGCGGAUUGUUAUGGGAUGUUACUGACCGAGAUGUCGAUAGAUUCACUUUAAAAUUCCUAAUGCAUUGGCUGGGAAGAGAUAUAUCUGAUGAUGACCAUAACACAAAGGCAAAUGGAACUUUAGGACAGUCAAUUUUUAAUGCAACAUCUGCUUGCAAACUUAAACAUCUUGUUGGAAAAUCAGUCAUCGUGUAUGGGAUCCCUGCUGAACCUAAAAAACGAUCACUUCUAAAAUUUCCAUCCUCAUUCCUCAAAAAAUGA